AUGAGAUUCGUGCGUGUUACAAACAACGUAGAGUUUGUGUACAUUUAAUGUAUAACUAUUAAGUUGACCAUCGUAUCGAAGGAUUCGAUAUUAUCAAAGCUCUAAGCCCUGGUCAUGGACGCUAUUUAAUCUGUCAACACUGAAAAUGGCUCAUUCACAUGCGCACUUUUGUGGAAGUUUUACUUGUCCAGUGUGUAUGAUUGGUUUCACCUCGGCGCUGGACAUGGAACAGCACUGGGUCCAGGAACAUAGUUUUGGCGAAGAACUGAAUGUCCGACGAGUGGAAGAGCUGGAUUCGAAUGAUGGCAUUUCGGUGCCUCAGGAUAUUAUAGAUUCUCAAUGUCACACGUUUAGAAUCAAAUCUUACAGACAUCCCAGAAACUGUGAUCUAUGUAAACAGAUUAUAUGGAGCGACGCUGUACAAUGUAGAGUGUGUAAAUAUGCCUGCCACAAGAAGUGUGAAUCCAAGAAUAACCAGAUUGUCGGUGCUGAUUGUAUUACUGGUAUAACCCCUUGUACAUAUCUUUGUGGUUUGUGGUAG